GUUUAGUGGUGGGAGAUUAAUAGGGGCUAUGGAAGACUUCUCUGAUUUUAUUAGGGAGAUGAGGGGAAUCCGCCUGCUUAACCGGUUCUUGGUUAGCGGGAAGUGGGAGGCCAAGUGCUCAGAUGUCACUCAAUCUGGGAAUACGAGGGGUAGUAGGAAAAAGUCUUUUAGGUUUGAGAAGAUGUGGUUAAAAGUCGAAGGUUUUGGGGAGCAUUGUAGUAAGUUCAUGAAAAGUUCUAAUGAUACAUUUAUUGUGCUGAUUCCCAAAAAAUCGGGAGUAGUUGACAUUAAGGCUAUUAGCUUAGUUAGUAGGGUGUACAAGAUUAUUGCGAAGCGAAUGAAUGCAUUGACUCAAUAUUGCACCUGGGGGCUCCAAGGAUGUUAUGGGAGGCUUGAGGCAAGGGGACCCCUUGUUUCCAUUGUUCUUUGUUAUUGUAAUGGAGACAUUCAAAAUUUGAGGCUAUUCCAAUGGGAGAGGUCUCUAAAGUGGAUNGAGUCUGUUAGAUCCUCCAAGGUCUUGCAAGGUCAAGAAAAUGUAAGUUUAGUAUCACCUCUCUUUGGACGUGAUAGGAUAAACCAUCAGCUGGAUUUUGAGAUUCAACCUGCAGCACGUCAAAAUCCUCUAUCAAAUGUCAUGGAAAAACCUAAUUUUAGUGAGUUUGUGAAUAAACAUGCUCCUGCCUACACAGGCUCUGUGGACACGAAUUGGUUUCCAAUGGUCUUGCAAGGUCAAGAAAUUUGCUCAUUGAGAUCCCUAUCUGGGAAAACUGAUUUUAAUCUUGGUGCAUGGCCAAAACCUGAAUUUGGUCGUAAUGUUCACAAAGUGUAUCAAACUCCAGGACCCAAUUUAUAUCCUCUAGCUUCUGAAGGUGCUAGGAACAUAUUUUUUCCUUACAAUGUGCCAUCCUAUAUGUCAGAUGUUCAAAGAGAAAGCCAUGUGUUAAAUUCUACUUCUGUCGGAAAUGUGGCUACAUUUGAUAUAGGUAAGGUGCCAAGUCUUUCAAACCCACUAGGGCCACUGGAAAAGUCAUCCACAUCUACUACUCCAGAGGAACAUUUCCUUAAUACGAGUGAGGCCAUCUUGAAGGGAGAGGCGCCCACCUUUAAACUAUUUGGGUCUUCCUUGACUGAGGAUAUUUCUACACUUAAUUCACUGGGUUCAAGUAAAAGGAGCUGCACAAAAGUUCACAAGCAAGGCAACUUGGUUGGGAGAGCCAUUGAUCUCUCAAGACUACAUGGUUAUGAUGACCUGCUGACUGAACUGGAGAGGUUAUUUAGCAUGGAAGGCCUCUUGCAGGAUCCUGAAAAAGGAUGGCGUAUAUUGUACACUGACAGCGAGAAUGACAUGAUGGUUGUUGGUGACGAUCCAUGGCAUGAGUUUGUUGAAGUGGUGUCUAAGAUUCAUAUACACACACAAGAGGAAGUGGAGAAGAUGACCAUGGGAAUGAUCAGCGAUGACACUCAAAGCUGUUUGGAGGAAGUGCCACCAGUAACAGAUGUGUCAAAGUCAUCUUCAGUUGGCUAGCCUGAUUCUUCAUGGACUGUGAUCAGGAUGUAAAUCUCAGGUUGUUUAACUAUCAUGCUGGCAGUAAUGUUAUGUGCUACUUAAUAAACUUGGUUGUGUUAAUUUAAGUGUUUGCGAUUGUAAGUUAA